AGGAUAUCGUGUGCAAUGUGUGAUGAGAAUUCGGGCGUUUCUGUGAACAUUAAUAUUAAUUAGUUUAUUAUUUCACUUAAGACGAAGACGGAAAUAAAGAUAGGAGUACAUGGCUAUCGUUUCAUAGUUGCGUUUCAUGCGGAGAGUCUAUAUCGGGGAUCAUUUCUGGUGAAUUAUGUCGUUAUAUCUUCGGGAAAAUACUACGUCCAACUCGGGUUCUAUGACAACAAGAAGUGAUAACUCCUUGAUGAUAGAAUGCACAGGCCUUUAGUUUGAUCACGCAAUGGUUUACGAAGCUGUUUUGAAGUUCAUGGAGUUAUCUUCAAGACGGGGUGGGUGACUUGCCUCCGAUGUAUAUGCCAGAUAUUCGUCACACUGAUAUCGAGGUCGAUAGCAAAAGCAACAUGGAAAUUCGAUCGUCAGGUCUUCUUCAAUUGGAACAUUCUGGCUGGAUAGGUAUAGCAUCUUCCUGUUGAUAUGUAAGGCGCCAUGCAGCUUGAUAUACAGUGAUGGAAACCGAAACGUCUACUUUGGCGGGAAUAACCACGCUUGGAUCUGACACGGGACUUGAUGGGGACACAGGUGUAACUGCCGUCCGAAUCGUCUUAAUGUGCUUGCUCUACAUUCCUUUAGCGGUUAUAACUGUUCUUGGAAAUGCUUUCGUUUUUGCAGCAUACAGACGAGAUGAGAGAAUACGGAGCAAGAAGACAAAUACGUUUAUUCUCAACCUGGCCAUUGCCGAUCUCCUCGUUGGCAUCAUCAUGUUCAUUCACAUCCCCCAUUACCUCACGGAUAAGUGGCUCCUUGGAAGGGAGUUCUGUAUCAUCAUUUGGGCCAUCGAUUUCAUCUCAACCGAUAUGUCCGUCAUCACCAUCAUCGCCAUCAGCAUCGACCGGUACCUCAUGGUGAGCGAUACAAUUAAACACCAGCGUCAUCAGUCCCGGAAACGCAUCGUCCUUAUCUUCAUCGUUGUCUGGUUCGUCUGCAGUCUCGUACAUACCACGCUUGCCUUCGUCUAUUCUGCAAGGACGGACUACAAGUACCUCGAGUAUCAGACCUGUAAUUUGGAAUACCGCCGUGAGAAGGCUCUGGUUAUUUCCAUGUUCAUCAUCGAGUUUGCGUUGCCCGUGGCGUGUCUGUUUCUGCUGAACCUGAAAGUGUUUACUAAAAUACAGGAGCGGAGGGGGAGCAAGAUACAAUUAAAAAGGCGCCAAGAAGAGCAUCGGAACUCCAAUACCGUCUCCGGACGGAUGAGCACAAAACAUGCAAAUGGCACAAAGAAACCCCCUGGACUCCGCUCGAUCGAUGAAGACAGUGUGCUUACGAGUGUCGAUGGUGGAGCUGCUGUUGACGCAGCAGAAUACAGUAGAGGAUAUCCUGGACCAAGUGCUCCGAUGGUUGGUGCUCUUCAAGAAGGGCAAAUCCUGAGGAAAGCUUCCAACGCUGUGAUGCGCGUCCAUCGUAUGACGUCAUCAGGUCGGGGUACUUGGAAAGCAGCCAAACUUCUAACAACCCUUCUCGUGGUCUUCAUCCUAUGUUGGAUGCCGUACUACAUCAACGACUGCUAUGUCCUCAUACACGGUGAUGAAGCCAACCGUCGGGUGACGGAGGCAGUGACGUUCAUCCUAUGGGCGAACUCCGCCGUCAAUCCCAUGUUGUAUGCAUGCGCCAACGUUCAUUACAGGGAGAAUUUCUUUUACUUUUUGCACAUCAGAAAGAGGCCGAUGAACAACUAGAUGAAUAACCGACGGUAACCAUGGUAACUCAAGGUGAUGCCGUGGUAAUCGGCCUAUGUGCAGUUGAUGUUUCUUAUGCUGCAAGGGACAACUGCAUUGACAUAAAUUUUACACAGUGCAGAUGAUUUUUGAUCAAUUUAAACCUGUAAAUAUUUUUUUUUCACGAUCUACUACAGCUGAUUGUGUCUGAGGAAAUAUGUAUUAUUUCAGCAGAUAUAUUAUAUUCGUUUAACUGAUAAUUCGUUC